AUGAUUAAAACAGACUUUGACUGCAGCUGCUUAGGCUGAGAAAACUCCAGAGAAUACUUCUGCUCUGACCACAUAACUGUUCUGUGUCAUCAGUGAUGGAACUCCUUUCAUGCAAACUGCAAUUGCAAACCAAUUCCUGAUACUGCUGGCUUCAAGAAUGAUGUCAAUGUUCUUGAAAUGUUUGUUGAGAGUUGAAACCAGAAGGCCAACAAAUAUAAAUUAUUGACACAAAUUGAAAACCUUGACAGUUCUCUCAGAAAUAUGACCAAAGAUGUGGAAAAACUCAAAACAGAAGCAGACUUCGCUAUCCAGAAAGACCAAUUCCUGAAGUUCGAAAAACUCAAAUGAAGAGCGAAAGAGAUCAGAUCAAACAUCCAGGAUUCAAGAUACGGAACAUCUGAAAAAGGAGGAAACUGUAUCUUUGAGCUAUUGUUUUACUCAAAACUAUCAAAGCUUGCUAAACCCUGAAACAGCAAAUUUAAAGUCAAACCAGAAGGCAGCCUAAAUGGAAAAAUCAUCAAGAAAAAGAGGCCUACUGACUCAGAGCAUUCAUCUGAUUCAGAAGAAUCAGUGGGAGUGAUCCUGAAAAUGGAAGAUUUGACAAGUCAAGAUGAUGAAAUAUUAAUAGAAGAAAAGUAUACAAACACUAAUCAAAAUUUAUCCAAGAGAAAAAUUAAUAGUUCACAGGCAGAAAACAAAGAAUUGACUCAACUGAAGAAUUUACUGGAGGUGGGAAUUGAUGAUACCAAAAUGAUGCAACAUAGCAAAGACAAUUACCAAAUCAAAAAGGAAAGUCCAAGCAGAAACUCAAUACCAAAAGAAGAAAGCAAGAAUGUUAUGACAUGCCAAAGAAGUUUACAAGAAAACGAAUUCUGAAAAUCGAUGAAUGACAAAAAGUUAGAAAAUUUGUACCAGAUGUGAUUCAACACAAGACAAGAUUUUGAUAAAGACAAGACUCUUCGUUUAAAUUAUGAAAGUCAGGAUUCAUGAGUUUCAAAGUUUAUUGAAGAAUUAUGUGGUUGAGACAUUAAGCUUCCUGUCCUUGAUAUAAUAUAUCUUAGAUGCACAAGUACUAGUCAACUAGAUAUUAUAGAAAAGCUUUUAAUACACAAAAUAAGUUUCAAGCUUCCUUUUUUCAUUUUUGAUUGUGGCAAAGACCAAAUCAGCUUUACAAGGAUUACUAAAGGACUAUCAAGCGCUUUAUCUAAUGUGACUGAAGAAAUACAAUUGUCCCAGUUUAGAAUUAGUUCUCCGUGCUUCAGUAAAAUAUUGAGUAGUUCGACCCAAGCCAAGACACUUUUAUUUAAAUUGUGACAUGUAAGUAUAGCAAACGGGUUUUGUUUCAAAAUGAGAAAGUCAAACUUGACAUGCUUCGGCUUUCUCUGCUGAAAAUUAGUGAAGCUAUACCAUGCAGUAUCCAGGAAUAAUGAAAAAAUCUUCCGAUGAGUAAUAAAAGCUAUGAGCCUAUCCCCCAUGAGAAGAACACUUAAAGUGAUGGACAUUUCUGGUUCUCAUCUUGACAAACUCGAAAUCACUAAAUUUAUGAAAACCUAUGGACUGGAAAGAGUAAAAAUUGAGGGAUAA